AUGGUACGCUCCACCAUUUCAAAAUUGUUGAUAAUCCCAGUAAUGAUGAUUCUUUUAAUCGCCUUACCCUAUGGUAGUGCACGAUCUUCUCAAUCCGAAGAUGCAAUGUGCAAGGAAACAAAAUUGGGUUCGCAUUCAGUGAAAGAAAUCGAUAACACCAAAGGUUUGAAGCAUACAUCCACAAAGAUUAAAAAAUCGCUAGAAACAGACAACUUUGGUUUCACUUGCUUUGUCGCUGAGAAACUACAAGCAUUCAUACCUCCACAAGUAUUAUCCAACUUUACGCUUCGUGGGCCUUCUCAAUAUGCCUAUACAAGCUGUGAUUAUGCAGGCUGUUCACCUAAAAUGAUUGAAAAAUGUGAAAAAGCGAAUAUGAAGCAGCGAAUUGAGUUUGAAUACGAUGUUUUAGAUGACAGUUGGCCCUCAGUGGAUAAGAAAGCAGUGUUUUCAUUAUAUGUACCAAUCCAUUGUGCAUGUAUACAACAGGAAGUAAAAUUUAAAUUGAUAGUAGAACCGUAA